UAACCCAUUUUGAGGAUGAAACUCCCAACAGAAUUUUCUCCAUGCUCAAGACUCAAACCCGGAAUCUUUGAUUUGUAAAACUUUUACACCCUGAGCAUAUAGAACUUCAAUUAAUAAUUAUCAUACGGAAAACCACAAGAAAUUAAACAGAGGUGAGAAAGAAAAUUAAUGAGGUUGGGGGGGGUUUCAUGGUGGCUUUAGAGGAGGGUCCCUUGCACAAGAUUCCAUAGGCAUCUUGCAAUCCUACAAAUACCCUGACAACGCUUGCCCCUUUUAUUUGCAUUCACAGCACCCAAAAACACCAUACUUCAAAAUAUACAAAUAAUAGUAUUAUCAACACAUCUAUUCUUCAUAAUUUCUUUUUCCUCGAUUAGCUUGCAACUCUCAUCCAACUGAACUCUGUCCUUUAUUGGAUAUUUUUUGUUGUUUGCCUUAGGUAAAAACACUUUCUUAUCUAUAAACACUAUACUGUGUAAUUACUAGACCGCAAAAAGAGAUGUCAACAACUAGAACGGAAGCAGUGGCAACACCACAAUUGAGUAAAGCACCAACACCACCUCUGCCCAAGACAAAUAUUGUGAAACAAGGGAUAGUGUCAAUUCUUGGAUCAGAUUCUCAAAGAGGCAAAUCAAGUGCAGCCUCCAUUAGAAGAACAUUUUCUGCUGAUAUGUCAUCCAAACAAUGGCUUGCACAAAAUGGUUUCUUCUCUCCCAUCAAAAAAAUUGCUUCAUCUAAAGAUCUUCUUUCUCCUGUUGAUCAUUCCUCCUCAGAGGAAGAGAAGCAAGAUGAGCUUGAAAGGCGAAAAACAUCAUUUGAUGUUUGGAGCUCUAUUUUAUCCCAAAAGAAAGAUGAUGGUGAGAUAUCCAAUGUACAAACUCCAUAUAUUCACCCUCUUGUUAAAAGAUCAUUGAGUGAAAAAAGUCUUGAAAUUUGUACUGAGAAUCUUGGAUCAGAGAAUGGUUCUGAUGGCUUUUCCUCCAACACUCCUUCCGAGAACGGAGAUAUAGACGAAGACAAAUACGAUCAACAACAACAACAGUACUGCUCGCGAUCCAUUGAGGAAUUGCGAGUUGUAAAGUACAAAUACAGCAAAAGAUCAUCAUCUUUUCCUCCUCCAAUUCCUUCCUUGGCUAGAGGUGACAACAACAAGCCUUCUCUUCACAUGCAAUCUCGACGCAAAGAUGGUAGAUUGAUUCUUGAAGCUGUUCCUAUUCCUUCUCGAAAUCUUUUCCAGGCCCAUCGCCAUGAUGGUCGCCUUCUUCUCACCUUCGUUGAUAAUAGUACCUCCACUUUAUCAUCAGAGCCAGAGAUGGGGGAUUAUGGUGAAGAAUUUGAUCAAGUUUUCGACGAUAUUGAUGAUCAUACACCUCGAUUUGAUUAUAAAAGUGAUGACUCUCCCCAACAAAAGGAAGAACAUGUAGAAAAUGGGAUCGUUGUGAUGAAGCAGAAGCCAAAAUUGUCAAGUGGGGUAAUAAAUAUGAUGACAUCAGCCUUGAUGAUGAAACUGUUAGAUUCUCCUAUCGAAAUAAGGGAAAAGUCAAUUCAGUACCCAACAGCAACAAAAUUUCCCAAUUUCUCCCCCGAGCCGGAAGGUCAAUUAGGGCUAGGAAACAAGAAUCUUGUAACAUGGUCUAACAAGUUCAAUGAAGUUGUCAACUUGACGAGUUUUGUGGAUUCAACUGAACUGACGAAGGAGGUAAGUCAAAUAGCCUCAGUUCCUCAGUCACUCCAUACUCAACCAACACCGGCGACCACGGCCACUUUCAAUGCCUAUGAGUAUUUUUGGAGGAAGAACCCUACAAUUGCAAGCAUUGUCAACACUCCCACAAUUGCAAAAAAGUGCAACAACUAUACCACUAAGCAAGUUGUUCUUGCAUCCAAUAGUACUUCUCCCAAUGCCAAGGGUACAACAAAAGUAGCAGCAUAUGAGCAGCAUGACUUGAUGUUAAUGAGAGGGAACAAAGUAAAUAUGAACUAUUUGGUACCUUUGCAAAGAGGAUGCAAAGAGACAAGGAGGUCUUUCCUUAUUUGGGAGCCUUAUUGCAUUGCUACCUCUUGAUGAUCAAAUUGACACUUUCCUUGAAGUGACUAAACAUAGUAAACUCUGUAAAACCAAAACAAAAAAUUGGGUUGUUAUAUUUUUGUUCUUUUUGGCAUUUUUUCUUCCUAUACUUGCCAAAAAGAACAAAAAUGGGUUGUUUUAAAAAUCAAAGCUAGAAAAUAUAAUUUAUUAAACCAUUAUGUGGGGUGCCUAAGUUAUCUUCUGCUUUUCUAGGUUAUGUUAAAGAUAUUUCAAUCUUCUAACAGUUUGAACUCAUCAAAAAAUCUAGAAAUACAACAUCACCAUAUUCAAAUAUGUAUAUACAUGUAUUUUAAAGGACAGGGAGAAAAAUAAUUUGUUCGUAUCUCUUUAUCCUUAACCCCAGGACACAUUUUCCUGAAAAGUAUUAUUUUUCAUAGAAAAUAUUUCCUUUAUACCGAACACAUAGUAAAACAUUCAAGUUUCUAAUCGAAUCAUGGAUUAGUUGGACCCGAUACUUAACGCUGGGUGAGAAAAUUUAAAAAAACACGUCAAAUUCUAACAUUGCAUGAAUCAUCGUUUUGUAUUGAGCCACGAACCAUUCAUAUUACUCCCUCUGUCUCAAAUUGUUGUCCCGUUUCUCUUUUGCAGCCUCUUAAGAAAUAUUUAAUCAUGAGAGAUAUUUGAUU